AUCACGCGCAAUGCUAAAAAAGAGUUUCAUUAAUUUCGUUGAAUAUAAAAAAUUUUCGGCAUAUAUUCUCCUUACUUCGUCGCUAAUUUUAUACGUUAUAAGAAAACCGAGUGCAGUAGUCAACAAACGUGUAUCGUUUACAAUUGUUUUAUCAAAUCGCGGCUCCGACCCAAAUCCCUUUAUCUAAUUCGUACUGUAAUUCCUCAAUCGAAGACGAUCUCAACCCUGGAAAUCAAAUAAAAAAAUCAUCAUUAAGAUCGAUAGUAAAAUAUAAAAGACGUCACAUUACGGAGAUUACAGGUUAGCUAUAAGACUUCAGCCGAUUCUUGGUAACAACUUCACCAGAACGAGUCUCAUGCGGGAUUCUCAGAUAUAAUGUAACAUUCAUAAUUGUAGUGCGGUUUUAAUAUUAGGGAAGUGCGCGAUUAUGCGGUGACGUGAGAACAAUAUAUAAUAGCGUUGCGGAUGACCAACAGCAAGUCAUGCUCUACUCGAUAAAAAGUGAAAAAUAAAAUGUGGUAGAUGCUAUUGAUCACAGAACUUGGUGAGGUGAAGCGUCGAGGAAUAAAAGUGUGAUCGGCUCAGCACGGAACAUGUGCUGCGGUGCUUAAUCUUUUCUCUUACGCUUGUUACGUUGAACGUUUUCUUCGUUCGAUAUCAUUCGGUGCUUUAACCCCAUGUGAUUUUCAACAACGCAGAUGCGAAAUGUCUGAAUAACAAAACUGGUCGUACUAUUACUCGAGUAUAGAUUUCAUUGGUGAGAAUAAAAGCGAGAACAAUAGAUGCGGCAAAAGAGUAGGAGACUGCGAGAGAAAGGGAGUUUAUUUGACCGUUGUUAUAGGGUGAAGAUUACUUAUCUUUAGGUGUCGCACAACACCGCGAGAUAACGCGGAAAAUCCAUCAUACGGUCAACGACAGAAUCACAAUUACAAUAUAAUACAGUGAUUCCCCUUGGGGGAUCAUUCCAUUCUCGUGAGCAUCUCGACGUGUUAGCCCAUUAAUAUUUCAAUUCUUUCUCUUUAUUUAUUUAUUUUUUUCUCUUAAGAAAACUAGUCAAAGUUUAUUUUCAAGUAUGAAAGCACCGAGAAAAGCACCCGAUGGAGGCUGGGGUUGGAUGGUGUGUUUGGGCAGUAGUUUGAUAACGUUUUCUUUGAGAGCAUUGGAUCCAUCGUUCGGUCUAGUUUUUCAUGAUUUCCUCAUCGACCUUGACACCGAUUCCACGGAAACGAGUUUUAUAACAAGCGUUUUCGAUGCCAACAUGAAUUUCUCAGGCCUCUUCGUGGGACCUUUGCUGAAGAAAUUUACGUUCAGAAAAGUCGCUUUUGCGGGAGCAGUAAUCAGUUCAAUCGGUCUCAUUUUAACAUCCAGAGCCCGCAGUAUCACACACAUAGUUUGCACUUACAGUGUUUUGGGUGGUUUUGGGACCGGUCUCGCGAUAGCUGCGUCAUUCGUCGCCUUAAAUACGUAUUUCGACAAAAAACGCGGCCAAGCUGUUGGAUUUUCCAUGGUAGGCACGGCGAUUGCGAUGAUGCUCAUGCCACAGCUGGCUCAUAUUCUUCUCGAUGCUUACGGAUUUCGCGGUACGAUGCUGAUUAUCGGUGGCUGGGCGAUGCAUUCUAUUAUCGGUAGUUGUCUCCUUCGACCGAUGGAAUACACGAUAAAAUGCGAAAAGGCCACUACGAGUCGCAAAAUUAGAAAAUCCGGAAUAACAGAAUUGAAUAACGGAAAUGGAGAAACAAAAAAAAAUCCCGAAGCUCAAGAACUUUUAAAAAUUUCCCUCAAAACCGAAAAUCACGAGGUCCCGAAAACAGAACCGUUGAGGAAUGCAAGCAUUCCGAACAUUGAUGUUGUGGGUAUAAAAGGAAAUAAAAAGGAUUGGUUCGGGUCAACAUUAAAAACAAUAUCAAAUUUUUUGGAUCUCGAUCUACUAAAAAAUACCGUGUAUCUUAAUGUCAUCAUUGGUUUGAGCUUAUUCAAUGUGGCCGAAACAAAUUUCAAGCUCAUGACUCCAUUCUUCCUCCGGAGUAUCGGUAUGACCAAGGGAGAAAUAGCUUUUUGUCUUUCUCUCACUGCUGCUACUGACAUUGUCGCACGUUUAAUCCUGCCGAUAAUAUUUGACAAAGUAGGUGCUAAAAAAAGACGAAUUUUUUGGAUCAGCUCUUUGUUUGUUGGAAUUGGACGAUCCACCCUGGCUGAACAAUCCAAGGGAAUAUUCCUGAUGGCAGUUUUAGUCUUCAUUGGCUUCAUAAGAGGUGCAGUUAUUCUUAACAUUAAUCUGUCGGUCUCGGAGUGUUGUAGUCUAAAAAAAUUGCCGCAUGCUUAUGGACUAUUCAUGGUAUCAAAAGGACUUUUUUCACUUGCUCUGAGUCCUCUUGUGGGUUUCGUCAGGGACUACAGUGGCAGUUACAGAUUGUGCAUUCAUGCAUCAACAGCAUUGAUAACUCUCACUUUUAUCUCAUGGACGAUCGAGUUUUCGUGGAAGGCCAUACGCCAAAAAAAGAACAGGAACAGUAAUGAGAUUGAAACGAUGUCAACGAUUGACAAACAACUGGCAUUCCCUGGAAAAAUGGUAGAGAAAAAAAUGGUACCACCUGACGGAGGAUGGGGUUGGGUUGUAGCCGCAGCUUAUGGACUAAAUAACGUUAUUAUGGUACCGAUACUACAAGGUUUCAGUCUCGUAUUGAAAGAUGUUUUCAAAAAUCUGAAAAUACCUGCAACCGAUGCGACGGUAAUACUCAGUGUGAAUUCAGCUUUCGGCAUGGGAGUUGGUCUCAUUCAUGGGCCAUUGUUACGAAAAUUUGGGUACAGAAAAAUCGCUCUAUUAGGAUCAGUCAUAUUCACAAUCGGAAUCACAGCGACAGCCUUUGCAACGACAUUUCCCCAUUUCAUGAUCACUUAUGGAAUAAUGUCUUCUUUCGGUGUUGCACUCACAAUGUCAGCAUUUUCGUUGGCUGUGAAUACCUACUUUGAGACAAAACGUGGACGAGCUAUUGGAAUGGCUAUGACUUUUACAGGUCUAGGGCCAAUAUUGAUGCCUCAAUUAGUAUCGUAUCUUAUGUCAUCGUAUGGCACUCAGGGUACCAUAAUAAUUCUAGGAGGCAUGACACUCCAUUCUUUGGUAGGAUCUCUGUUACUUCAACCAGUCAAAUGGCACACCACGUGGCAAACGCUGGAGCCGGAAGACAAGCCGUCAAGUUCUAUCAAAGGAAUCGAACUGAAAGAUGUAAAGCUGGUUGGGAGUAAAGAAGAGAGUAUACUGAACGAGAAUGAAAAUGAACCGGAAGAAAUAAAAUCCUUGGCAAACAUCGAUCCAAUUACCAGCAAGAGAAAUGAUUUUAUCCGCAUUCGAUCGAAAACUUUAACGAAUUUGGAAGAUCACUUUAAAUCUGGAAAACAAGUUUCAGCUUACAAAUGGUGGAGUUCAGGAAAAAGCUUGGAGAUCAUGAAUUUGGGCAGUUGUACAAUACUCUUCGACGAACCAAUAAAGUUCAAAACUGGAAUGAUCGAUCACGAUUCUAGAGGAGAAAGAACAUCAUUGAUGGAAAGUCAGGCUACCUCGUCAAAAGAAAGGUCCUUACUUAUCGAUGAAAAAUUACCAGCGAAGCAAACUUCAAAGAAUUCAAACGUUCCGGAAAAACCGAGUGAAGAAAAAACGGAUGAUUCUUGCUGGAAAAUAAUAUUGCGAAGUAUCGUGAAUUUUUUCGACUUGAAUCUUUUGCGAGAUCCAGUUUACGUAAACAUGAUGCUUGGCAUGUCGAUAGCAAUGUUUGCGGAAAUAAACUUCGCCAUUCUAACUCCUUUUAUUCUCGCUGACAUGGAAUUCGGUACUGACAAAAUUGCAGCGGUUAUGAGCACUCUAGCUGGCGUUGAUCUGGUUUCGCGCGGGCUGGUGCCAUUUAUCGGUGAAUGGCUCCGACUACCAGCGAGGCACAUGGCUCUGUUAAGUUUAUUCCUUUUGAUCUGUUGCCGAACGGUAUUGAUAGUCACCAGAAAUUUCGCAAUGGUGAUAAUGGUAGCAAUCGGAUUGGGUUUUGCAAAAGGGAUUCGUUCGGUCAACAUGUCUUUAGUCAUUCCAAACCAUAUCCCCAUCGAAAGAUUGGCAUCGGCUACAGGGAUUCAGAUGGUCGUUAAUGGAAUAGUUCUCAUGAUUCUUGGCCCUCUUCUCGGUCUGUCAAGAGACAAAUUUGGUUCCUACGUUCCAGGUUUGAUAAUGAUAAAUUCGACAACAUCAUUAACGAUCAUAAUGUGGGUCACAGAGAUGUGUAUAGUACGAAAUAAAAAAAUAAAAGAGCGCCAAUCAGUGCACGUAGUAGCGUUGGAAGUACGAUAAUAAUAUGAACGAUAUUUUCGGUUGUCAUUUUUUAUUGUAAUUAAAUAGUAUUAUCUAUUACUUGAUUUUUUUUCUUUUUUUUCAAUACACCAACGAAGAACACAUUUUGUUAUCGUAAUCAGCUCAAACUUUCUCAAAGAGUGUGUUACACGAUGAUUCAUUUAGUCAUUUCUUGACGCGAAUUUCUAUCUCGUGUGACCUUAGGAUUCACGUCACAAGCUAUCCUCAUUAGGGUCGUGUCCUUGUUUGAUCUCAUUUUACCACUGAAACGGAUCUAAUUACCCAGAGAAUUCUCGUGCUAGUUACAGAAUCUUCGUAUUAACGUUCACAAGUCACAUAAUCUCCGAUGGAUCAUGAAAAAAAAAAAAAAAUAAAUAAAUAAAAACAGGAACAA